GUUUCGGCUUUGGCGUCGGAGAUGGACGCUGCGGGGUGGCCGCGCCGGCGGAGAUGGAAGAGAAAUUUGACUGGACGCGGCGGGCCGCCGCGCACGAAUCUCAUGAUCCCAUCAAUGCCUCCCUUCAAUUCCAACUCGAGUGAAAAGGCUAAAAUAAUCGAACCCGAUCUCCUCGGCCCGUGGGCUCCCCCUCCACCGCCGCCCUCGGAUCAGCUCAGCUCUACCGCGCCGGGAGACUGGGAUCAUGAUAAGGGCGCGGGGCAUGGUGGCGGUGGCCGCAUUGCCAUGGGGAGGCUGCUCGCCGGCAUGGAUUGACGUGCCGGAGCGGAGCAAGAGCGCGUUCAUGGAGCUGAAGAGGAGGAAGGUGCACCGGUACGUGAUCUUCAAGAUCGACGAUAGCUGGGAGGAGAUCGUCGUGGAGAAGACCGGCGCGCCGGGAGAGAGCUACGACGACUUCACGGCGUCGCUGCCGGCCAACGACUGCCGGUACGCCGUCUACGACCUGGAUUUCGUCAGCGACGACAACUGCAGGAAGAGCAAGAUAUUCUUCAUCUCGUGGUCUCCUUCUGAUUCUCGGAUCCGCGCAAAGAUCAUAUACGCGGUGUCAAGGAAUCAAUUCCGCCACGAGCUUGAUGGGGUGCACUUCGAGAUUCAAGCAACUGACCCUGAUGACAUGGAUUUGGAAGUUCUCAGGGGCCGUGCUAACAGAACCUGAUCGCUUGACUUUGA